AUGAUAUUGCUUCGCUUAUCGGUGGCACUUCCCUGGCGGCAGUGGCUGCUUUACUGUGUCCUGGGGGCGCUCUUCUCACCAGUCGCAGACGGUCUUCGGUCAGACUCUGAAUAUGCCGAUGCGAAGAUCGUAGCUCAGGAUGGAAAGAUGGACGUAGGCCCAGAGAAGCUUAACUUCCCCCCGCCUGGCAUUCAUCUUGACUUUCAUGUCGCCAAGUGCCUGGUCAGCAUGUCCGAAUGGCAGGAGAGGAGGGACUGGGUUGACAGCACGUGGUGGUACUUUGUGAUCUUCACCAUACUGAUCCUGGUCCUCAACGCCAUCUGUCUCGGUAUCAGCCACAGCAAAGUCAAGGAAGUGCCAACGGCCUUGCUUGGCAUUGUCGCAGGGGUAGGUAUACUCGCCUCGUUUAUGUGCUUGCUUGCGCCAUUCAUUGCCGGCCUCACGAACCACCACAUCAACGAAAAAUACUGCCCAGCGAUGAACAAGAUCCUCAACGGCGCAGACGGCCCAGUCGAGCUGUACAAGACUUCGCGCGGAUUCUGCACCGUUGCCGUGAGUCUCGUGACCAUGGGCCUCAGCAUUGCUUCUUCAAAGAAGGUGGGCGAGCAGAUCAAAGCCGCUGCAGCUGUUAGCUAG